UUUACAGGCCACCAAUCCAAAACAACGUCAAUCUUUUAACGUUAUCAAAAAAAAUAAAAAAAUAAAAAGGGUGACGUUUACUGUUCUUGCUCGAAGAAUUGUUCCUUGGAAAUCUGGUAUGGUUGCCUGAAAUUCAAUCCAAAAAUUUCAUGGUGGUUUUUGUUUUCAUGAAACUUGCAAGACCCACUGUGCGCCUCUUCAGCACCUCAACGGCUAUCCAAGAAUCAGAGCGAGUAACGAAGAGAUCAGUUUCGAUAGACUCGAUCAAGAAGCUCCAUGCCCACCUUAUCAGAAAUGACCUCCACAAGGAACCAUCUUCAAUCUCUGAAGUUGUCAGAUCGUAUGCACUAUCGCCACCCUAUUUAGACAAAGCCCGCUUAGUUUUUUAUCAAAUUAAGCGACCCACAUUCUUGGUUUGGAACCACAUGAUCCGUGGACUGUCACAGAGUGACCAACCCAGUGAAGCAAUUCGCAUGUAUAUCCGAAUGUACCAUCAGGGAUUGUCUGGGAAUAAUCUGACCUUUAUAUUCGUUUUCAAGGCUUGUGGUCGAGUUCCUGAUAUCGUACGUGGCCAAAUGGUUCAUGUGCAUGCGCUGAAACUUGGGUUUCAAAGUUAUCUUUUUGUUUCUAAUGCUUUGAUCCAUAUGUACGCUUCUUGUCGCGAUUUGGAUUUGGCCCAGAAAGUUUUUGAUAGAAUGGAGGAUAGAGAUAUAGUAUCUUGGAACUCUUUGAUGUGUGGGUUUGCUCAGCACAGUAGCUUUAACGACGUUUUGCGUGUUUUUGAGGCAAUGCAAUCGGCAAAUGUGAAGGCCGAUUCUGUGACAAUGGUUAAAGUUAUUCUAGCAUGCACUUAUUUGGGCGAAUUUGGAAUUGCAGACGCUGUGGUUAAGUAUAUUGAGGAGCAUCAUGUUGGGAUUGAUGUUUACUUGGGAAACACAAUGAUAGAUAUGUACGGACGGCGUGGAUUGGUGAAUUUGGCGCGCCAAGUAUUUGAUCGGAUGCCUGAAAGAAAUAUAGUUUCAUGGAAUGCCAUGGUCAUGGGAUAUGCAAAAGUUGGAAAUUUAGUUGGUGCAAGAAAACUUUUCGAUGAGAUGCCCAAAAAGGAUGUCGUCUCUUGGACUUCCAUGAUUACGGGUUAUUCUCAAGCUAAGCAAUAUACUGAGGCUGUGGGGCUUUUUCAAGAUAUGAUGGCAGCUAAGGUAAUACCAGAUGAAAUAACAGUGGCCAGUGUGCUUUCUGCUUGUGCCCAUUUGGGUUCACUUGAUGUUGGAGAAGCGGUGCGUGACUUUGUCAGUAACCAUGGUGUGAAAGUUGAUAUCUAUAUUGGAAAUGCUUUGAUAUAUAUGUAUUGCAAAUGUGGGGUGGUUGAGAAAGGAUUGGAAGUGUUCCAUGAGAUGGAAAUAAAGGACCCUGUUUCAUGGACUUCUAUAAUUUCAGGCCUUGCUGUGAAUGGUUUUGCAGAUUCUGCAGUUGAACUCUUCUCACAAAUGUUAAGAAAAGGUAUUCGACCAACUCAUGGAACUUUUGUUGGGAUUCUACUGGCUUGCACUCAUGCUGGAUUAGUAGAUAAAGGAUUGGAGUAUUUUGAAAGUAUGGAAAAGGUUCAUGGACUAACACCAGAAAUGAAACACUAUGGGUGUGUUGUGGAUCUCCUGAGCCGCUCUGGCAGUCUAGAGAAGGCAUAUGAGUUCAUAAAUAAAAUGCCCAUCAUUCCGGAUGUAGUCUUAUGGAGAAUACUGUUGGGUGCCUGUAAGCUUUAUGGAAAUGCAACCCUAUCUGAGAUUAUUACAAACAAGCUUCUUGAAUUGGAUCCUCAUAAUAGUGGGAAUUAUGUGCUCUCGUCACAUACUUAUGCAGGUAUUGACAGAUGGAAUGAUGUUGUAAAAAUGAGGACAUUGAUGGAUGGGAGCAAUGUGCAGAAGCCAUUUGGUUCUAGUUCUAUCGAAGUCAAUGUAUGACAUUAAAUAACUCUCAGGAUCCAUGUUUAAGAAGAACAAAUUGAGUAACAUGUAUAAAACCAUAGAUCCUGACACAUCAAUUUAUCCUGUAUAUGGGUAAGUAUAGUAUAAUCGAAUGGAUACCAACUGCUGUCAUGCAAAAUCUGAACCAAAGAGCACCAUAUUAAUCCAGUUGGUCUUGGCAGACAGAUGGCUUGGGUUCUGGUUUUAGCUUCAGAAGAUCUUGUUUUUCUGAUGAACAAGUAAAGUUUCCAAUUUUUUUACUUCUUUCAGAUUUGUUGAGAUUCUCAUUACCUAUUGAAAAGAAGGGGCUGCCUUCAGAACUAGUGGGCGCCCUGAUGAUGUCAGGGUUAAGUCUUCGGUUUGACAGUGUCAUGUUUCAAUUGCUAUUCCAUUCGGAAAGAAUAUGACAAAUAAUUUUGUGAAUCACCUGGUCGAGAAUCAAAUCAACCAAGAUGAAGUUCAGACCAGAAUGAAAAAAAUUGUUUGAGCUUUAGAGAUGACUCUGUAAUUUAUGUGUUACGCAGCAGCUAGAAAAAGCUCUAGAAUGCUGCCAGUUGAUACUUAAAGCUUGCAUAUCCUUUCGUGUCUGUGGGCAAAUGGCUAACAUUGUGGUUAAGCUGACAAAAGAUAGUUGUCUGGUUUGCCCAAAAAAGAAGCAAGGAGGAUUUGGAAUGGAAGCAGAGAGCUAUAACUCUGUUUAUUAUCCACCUGUAAAGAUGGACUGGCCUUGCUUCUAAGGUCGAGAUAUAAUUGGAUUUGAUAGUUCAUGCACUUAGAUCAAGUCAUGUAAAUUGUAAUGCAGUUGUCCUAGAAUUAGAUUCUGUGCGAUGUUCUGAAAUUGCAUAGUCAUUGAUACCUCAUUUUAUCCUUUUUAAA